AUGGCUGACUCUAUCCAGCCCAGCGACGGGAACGAGAACACGGCCCCUCAGCUAGCAAAUAUCAUCCAGGCUCUUGAUGUUAUACAUUCCCCCGCCUCCUCGAAUGAAGUCAGGAAGCAAGCCUCAGAGUUUCUCGAGCAGCAGAAGCAUGAAAAGGCCGCUCUGCAAAAUGGCUACUUUUUGGCUGCGGAAAAGAGCCAUUCCCCUGUAGUCCAGCACCUCGGACUUUCAUUCCUGGAGCAUGUUUUGCGGUACAAAUUCCUGGAGCUGUCUCCAGACGAGGUGAACCAUACCAGGGGUCUUGUCAUGAGUCUGGCUGAAGGUUUGCGGUGCCAGGAUCCUUCUUACAUCCGCAACAAAGUGGCUUCGUUAUGGGUUGAACUUGCAAAGCGUACCUGGGGUCUGGAGUGGCCGCAGAUGGAUGAAUCUUUGAUGCAUCUAUGGAAUGCGACAUUUACCCAUAAAGAACUUGUGCUGACUGUACUGGAGACUCUAUCAGAGGACACAAUCCAUCAGGAAGACACAGCGUCAUCCCUUAGAGGAACUGAUUUAAACAGAGCUCUAGUGGAAAUUUGCACACCCUAUGACGUUUUCAAAGUGGCGUACCCAAAAAGGGACCAUCAUACUGAAAUCCGCAGUGGGAGCGAGGGCUGGCUCUUCAGGGUCUCAUAUUUCUUAAGUGACUGUGUACGGAAUUUCCAUGCAUCGACGGAAGCCAAAACUUGUGCAUUAAAGUCAUUGAGUUGUCUGCGUUCGCUUGUUGCCUGGGUUAUACCAAUGGCCAUCGAUUCAUCUCAGUGCGUCAUAGCCAUUUGUAAUGCACUCGAAGUUGAGGAUGAUGCAGUUCUUCUGGCGGCGGUCGAGGCGUUACACUCGUUAUAUGGAAGAUCAACUUAUAAUAUUGAGGAGUUCCAAAGGCUUGUGAACAUAAUAUAUCAAAAUGAUCAUCUUAACCUCCUGAGGAAAUUAUAUGAAUGGUCGAUUGUCGGCGCAGAUAACAUUAUUGAGUCGAAAUACUCUAUAUCCAAAAAGCUAUCCGAGUUGGUCUCCUAUAUCGCCGGUUUUCUCGAAGAGAAAUCGACAGAUUUCACGAAAUCAGUUGACCUUCCUAUCUUUUUCUCCUUUCUCAUUAGUAUACUCCAGAAUCCAAGUCUUGUUGUGUCCAUACCAGUACUUCAUUCAUGGUCCAGACUACUUGCCUCAAGCCAUAUAGGUGGAUUGAAUAUUGUCAACAACCUAAUAGGGCAGCUACUGCAGAUCUGUUCUCAGCGGCUCGUACGAUACGAGGCACUUCCAGAGGAUUCAGAUGACCCAACCAUGGUAUUUCUUAGCGAGGAUAUUGAUACUAUACCCGAACGCCAUGCCUUUGUUGGAAAUUACCGGCGGUACUGCAGUCAAGUCAUUGAAGUUAUCGUUCAAAAACACACACUUGAGGCAAUUCCUCAUAUCCUCGCUGGGGUCAAUAGCGCCCUGGAUAACGUAUAUGCAGGGAAUGCUCCAUUCAACGUGGCUACCUUUCAGAAGCAAUCAAUACCUGCCCUCCGUGCUGAUAUCCAAUUUACGGUAGUUGAGGCAAUGUUGAAGGGUUACCUCAAAUGGAAAGGAUCAUUGGGCUCAAACCCUCAACUAGAUCAGGACCCAUGCAUAAAACAACGAGUGCUACGAUUAUGCGUUGACAUUUCAGCAAAGGCUCUGGUAGAUCGACCAAGUUACGCGCUGAAAAUCCUCGAGCAUAUAUUGAUGGUCCAGAUACCCGAUCACCCAGAAUAUUCUGCGUAUUCGGAGUCAGUGAGAGAACUCUAUAAUAUGGCCACCUACGAGAUUCGGAGGCUUGCGAUUAGAUACGCUGACUACUUUGCCAAUUACUACGAGCCGCUAGAACAAAAAGCACAGGAAAUUGGGAAAAGGCCGAAUGACGAGGGACGUCCUCAUAUGGAGCUAUCUGCGAUCCUCUUGAUUAUCAUGCAGCGUGCUCGGAGCGUGGAUCCGUAUAUCAGACAAGCCCGAUUGAACUCUUUUGUUGAACCAAUCAAACAGGCGUGGACUAAUCAAGAACUAAAGCUGGUACUGGGUUCAUUCAAGGGGUUUUAUGAUGUCCUUGGUUUGGAUAAAGUACACCCUUACCUUCAGAAACGUGAAGCCCAGAAGAUAGAGGAUUGGACUGCCGUUCCACUCGACGCCGAAGGCAUACAUAUCCAGGAAGAUUUAAGUAAAAAAUUCCAGGAGUUACCCCUGCGCCCUACUCGCACACUACUCGCUGUAUCAACGGAGAAGGUGAAAAAAGAUGAGCCAGCAUACCAGAUUGCCCUUGACCUAUGGAAAGAUACUAUUCCCCUAAUCUUGCCGACUAUUCUCCAGCUUAUUAGAUUCUGGCAAGCCGGUAUUUCAAGUGGAAGCAGGCAGGAAUUCUACUCUAAAAUAGCUGGGUCAAAAACUACGCUAGAAGGGCUUUCAUCAUCUGUUCGCGGAAAAGUGAGAGCCGUCAGAGAAGCAUGCUAUUCGGUUCUUUUCAGCAUGAGCCGGCUAGAAAAUUAUUUCUACGGGUUUCCCGAACUUCCUGUUCCCCUUUCGCAGGCGCUAUACAAAGAUGCUUUCUCCCUGUCUUCACACCAAUUUUCGGUCCUCUUAAAUAUCUCACGGUGUCUAAUAGAUGAUUGCCCGUCGAAUGCCCGCGCUGAUUUCUUACCCCCGAUGAUGUCCGCGUUAUUUUCACAGCUUGACAAGAAAGUUACUAGCGAGUGGGAUAUAAUCCAGCGCCGAAGGAUAGGUAUCGUUGAUGAUGACCUUACGGAGGAAAUGAAAGACGAAAGUAUCCUCAGACAAUUGACAUACUCUGCUGUCAUCAUGGUGGCUAGCUUCCUGGAUCCCGAGCGAGAAGGAGAGCUCAAGGCUACCGAUGGAGGGCAGCCUGAAACAAUGCGAAGUUUCAUUAUAUCAUCCACCGAGAUCCUUGAGCCGGUUCUUUUAUUCUGCACACAUGCCUUGCAAAUGCAUGACACACGUUGCUGCGUUAUUAUAACCCGCGUUAUUCGAUCCAUGCUAACGGAAUUCGUUCCUGCGACCGACACUCCAACAGCUGCUACCAUUCGGGAAUUCAUCAGUACUGAAGUUUUGAAAGCGUGUAUAAACUCUGUUCAUGACCCAUAUUUUGUGGACAUGCAAAAGGAUCUAGCACAGCUCAUAUCUUCUAUAUGGAUUUUAUAUGGCCCAACAACAAACACUCCUAGAUCUAUCAUUCUGAGCUUGCCAGGAAUGCUAGAACAGAAGGUGAAAGCAGCGGAGGUCGCACUUCACGGUUCAGCCUCAAGCAGACAGCAGAAAGCCAUCAUCCUGGAUCUGCUGGAGGGUGUUCGAGGAGUGAGGAUCAGUGAGCAAGGACGCAUUUUGGGUACGGCCGUCAAUCGUCGGAAGGAACGCAGCUCAAUGCAGGCGAGAUAUAUGUCUACAGAAAUGGAGGGAGAAGAAGCCAAGAAAGUUGACAUAAAUGACGGGGCUGACCUAACGUUUGUAGCCGAUAUGUUCAAUCAGGCUUAA